AUGAAUACUUAUGGUCACCGUGGCCAACGGCCUAGGCUGAAAUCUGUUUUGCAUGUCGCCCUGUUUCUCAUGGGGGUCUUCUGGGUCUUUCGACUCUUUCACAACUAUUCACUCGGUGCUCAACAACCCCAACCAAAAGUCGGCAAGGUCAUGUCAGUCCAUGGCAACCAUUCAGUAUACGAGAGGACACUCGCUACUCAUGAACAACACAGUCGCCACUGGGGUUACCCGCUUUUCGUGCUCAAAAGCCCCAUGCUGGACGGGUACUGGAACAAGCUGGCCAUACUUCUCUCAGUGAUGUUGCAGGAGCUGGCAAAACCAGAUGAUCAGCGACUGGAGUGGCUGUUUUGGUCCGACGCCGACACAAUAGUCAUGAACCCCAACAUCCCGCUAGAAAUCUUCCUCCCCCCACCUCAAUUAUCUCACAUCCAUCUACUCCUAACAAAAGACUGGAACGGCCUAAACAACGGCGUCUUUCCAAUCUGCGUGCAUCCCUGGUCCGUCGAGUUCCUCACCGCCGCAAUCUCCUAUCCAAUCGUGCAUCCCGACAUCCCUCUGUACUGGCCCGACCAGUCCGCGAUGAACAACCUCUUUCAAGAAAACGAAUACUUUGCCCACUCGGUCGUCUACGUUCCACUGAGAUGGUUCAACGCCUACAUGCGAUCGCCAGAUGGAGAAAUGUUGAACUCGGACUCGCCGCCGCAAUACCAGGUGCAUCCGGGGGAUUAUUUGGUGCAUUUCCCGGGGACACCUGCUGAGCAUCUGGAACGGACGCUGGGUCCGUAUCUGGAUAUUGCGGAGGCGCAUCGGGCGGAGUGGGAGGUUCCGCGGGAAGAGACGCAGUAUGCAAGGGAGAUUGAGGCAUUUUGGAAGAAACAGACGCCUGUCGUCCAGGAAGUGUAG